AUGGAGCCUUCGCACAAAGACCCCGAGACGGCGGCGGCAGUGGGCACGGCGGCGGACCCCCGGGGCGCAUCCUCGUCCAGCGGGGUAGUGGUGCAGGUCCGCGAGAAGAAGGGACCCCUGCGCGCCGCCAUCCCCUACAUGCCCUUCCCCGUGGCCGUCCUCUGCCUCUUCCUCAACACUUUCGUGCCGGGACUGGGGACCUUCAUCUCGGCCUUCACUGUGCUAUGCGGGGCCCGCACUGACCUUCCUGACAGGCAUGUGUGCUGUGUCUUCUGGCUGAACAUCGCUGCUGCCCUCAUCCAGAUCCUCACAGCCAUCGUCAUGGUGGGCUGGAUCAUGAGCAUCUUCUGGGGCAUGGACAUGGUCAUCCUCGCCAGUGAGUAGUCGCUGAAGGAGCAAGGCAUCCCACAGCAGCUGUGAGCCGGUGGGAGCUGCCCAAGUCUGAGGGGAGGGGCCCAGGAGGCUGCGGCAGGCACCCGGACCUUUACAUGUUCUCUUCUGCUGUUUCCUGAGAUUGGAGUGCUGGGGCAGUGCACAAAAAGAUGAUUUCUUGGAAGAUGCCGGCAUAUCUCUGCUGGCUCUGAGGUCUACCAGCCUCUCCUGGCUCCAGAAAGUUCUAUAGAUAGACAAGGCACCCAGAACAUUAGGAAGUGGGUGGGUACAAAUAGGGAUGUUGCCAGA